AUGCCCUCAUUUCACAGACUAGACUCCAAGAUUCUCAGAUGGUUAAAAACCUGUUGAAGAUGCCAAAGUGCGUGAGUAGGUGGUUUAAUACAAAAGCCAACACUGGUAACACCAGCCCACUUAAAUUCUGGAGGCCAUUGAAUUCGGCCAACCCACAGCCAUCUGGUCAGCGCGGGAUCCUCCACAGGAGAGAUACAGGGAAUGCCUGAAGAAGGUCUGGCUUCCCUCUUUCUUGUUUUCCAUGGACACAUCCUCAACCCAAAGCAGAUGUUCUGGGCAAUUCAUGUGAGAACAGAUUGCACAUUCAAUUAUGAAAGCAUCAAGAGCAACAGAAGGAGAAGCAUCUCUGACCAUGUGUCGGGACUGAUAACAGAUGAGUAUGUGCCAGAGGACCUAGAGCUGAAGGGCACCUACAGCGCACACAAGCGGACACUUUCCUAUCUGAAACCUUCUGACGGUUUUCAGUGA